CAAUUUGUCAUGUCAAAUUCAAAUGAAGGAAUUCAUCGGUUUGAAUCUUGUCGUUGUUCUGGAAAAUAUUGUUUAAAUUUGAAUCGCGCAAACGAAGGAAACUAUAUAGUGUAUAAUUCUGUUAAAUUAUCGUUGUUUAAUAUUGUUAUCCCUGAUCUGCUACAUGGUUAAACCAACUAAAAAUUAUUAUUAAUUAAAAAACUAACUGCAAUGUCCACGGAAGUGACUAGUCUGGCAAAUGUCUAUGCGUUUCUGAAGAACACCUACGAUUCGGUUGAUUUCCUCCUGGCUCCCGCACCGACUUACAUCCAAUCAUUGGCAGAAAACGAUUCCAAAAUUAUUUUUAUCUACAAAUAUGACGAACUGCGAAGCAAGGUAAUGCUCACCGAUGGUGACGAGUAUAGUUCCAAAACAAGCAACACGUCCGAGCAGAAUUUAGAUUUGACCGGUUCGCCGCUUAAGGAUGAUGUGAAGCUGGAAAAUCUGAACUUGUCCGACGAGCAGGGAAUAGCGAUCUGUUUGGAGAAUCCUUGGUUGGAGAGAGAGGAAUGUUAUGCUCCGAUUCCGGCGGAAAAAGCACGAGAAAUUUUGCAGGAUGUGUUGUCCAGUAACGUCUCCGGUUGCGGGCAUCUGUGGGCGUUGUGCGAUGGUCACGAUAUGGAUAAAACUGUACUGCUUCAAGUUGAGUUGAACGGGGCGAGGAAAUUUGUAAGGGGAGCUGUUACGUUGUUGGGCUGCUUUCCGGAAGAACGAAUCUCGAUGGUUAAAUUACAGAGAGCUCAUGAAACGAGAGUUCAAGUGCCAACUAAGGAUCUGGAAACAAACAUUGAAUUAUGGUUUAAAAUUCAGUCUCAUAUAAGCAUCAAGCUGCACUGGAUCAGCCAUGCGGAGCAGCCCUCGUUUUGCAUUAAUAAGAAGUCAGACAUCUUGUUGCAGCAGAGAAUUCGUGUUGACGACACACAAUCCGUGGCGGAAUACUUUUGGAGUCAGCUUCAUCUGCUGGACAGUAUCAAGGAGAAAAUUUUGCAUAUUCGUAGUAAAAAUCUAAUGACACUGGAGAAUGAACUUUUUGCGGGCUCGUUAGAUGUAGGUUUGAUUAAGGAGAAGGUUCACAAAAUUUUGACCGAAUUUUGCUUGAUGGAGUCAACGGAUUACAAGUUAACUGAGAUAGGAUCAAUCGUCGAACGGGUUAAGAAUAGAACGGCAGCCGAUGUGACUGACAGAUUGUGGAGCGUGUUGAAAUAUUGUUCAGAUUAUGAUGAUUUAAAAGAUGUUCUAACUUAUAUUUUCAAAGCUGCUGCUAAAAGCAAUCUUGCUAAUAUUCCCAGUAACAACAACCGAUUGGCGCAGCUUAUAAAAUCUAUAGCUCAGGGGCGACUUGCGAUACCUAUGCUCACCGGAGCGGAGCCACUAGAACUGCUGUUGGAAAUCGGUCUGGAAAAGAUACUCAACGAUUACCAAAUUAUAUUUCACGAGAGCAAAAUAUGUAAUCUGGAUUUGGCGAACGUUGGCAGGAAUGAAGCGUCCGAUGGUUCUAAAAGUAAUUCGCGUACGUCAAGUAUUCGCAAAUCAAUGUACGAAUCGGUACAGCCCCCGACGGCUGCAAAAUCAUCUCAAAGUCGAAAAACGGCUCUCCUUUCCGGUACCGGUAGCACUGAUUUGGAGGAUGAUGGUGAAACCAUUCAAAAUAGUUACUUCAAUGCCAACGAUGCCAAUAGCAAAAUCAACAAAUUGGCGCAGGUUCAUUUGUUGCUGGAACAUCUGCUGUCGAUCGAAACCCAUCUGAAACUCACCAGUAUUUACUCGCAAGUUGCCGAGGAGUAUUUUUCACGGCCCACAAUCUGCUUCGAAGAGAUGCGGUCACGGAAAACCGAUCAGCUGGAAAUAGCCAUUAUGAAUAACAAGAUCAUCGAGCUGGUAGAAAAUUCGACUCCAUACAUUAGAAAAGUCACAAUGACGAGUCGAGGCAGGUUCCGUUCGGUCCAAAGCACAUUUUACCAGAGUACGGAUCCAAUUUUGCCUACUAGUUUGUUUGCGCAGUUGAAGAGUGAAAAUGUUGAAUUAAAAAACAGCUACUGGUGCCUGGAGUAUACGAAACUGGCGAAUCUCUGAGUUGUGACUUUGGCGUUUCAUUUGUUCAUGAAAAUAUAGGCAAAUCGAGCUUAUUUUCAA